GUGUGUUGAAACGAAAUCGCACGAAGUACAAAGUAAAAGAAAAACCCAUAACUCUUGACUAAUAUGCUGCAUCAAGCGGUAGCAGUAAUAGCCAAAAAAUGGCAGAACAAAUUUUAACGAAUUAAUAAUUAAAACAAAAUAUAAAGCUGCCGCCAAGUGAAAAUCCAACAGCAUCUCUAGAAUUAAACAUACAUAUGUAUGUAUGGAAAAAAUAUGAAUAAGCCGAAAAAUUAAAUAACUUAAAGUGAAUAAAAGUAACGACGCGACUACCACAAAAAGUAGAAGUAGAGGCAGAAUUACAGAAAUAACAACAACAACCACAACGGCGAAUUGAAGAAACAGCGGCGUCUGCCAUAAAUGAAGGAAAAGCAGCGACGAUCGUAUUCGUCGUCGCUGCGACGCGUCAGCAGUACAACAACAGCACCAAAAACAUCAAAACGAACAGCAGCAGCAGCGUGGUCUAAAAUGCCGUCGUCGUCGUUGUCAUCGUCGACGUCGCUGCUGCUGCUGCUGCUCAGCAUUGCCGGAUUCAACUUGGACAGCUGCUCAUGUUACGCGGACGCUGUUCCGCAGCUACAACAGCAUCAUCUACCGCCCCAACAACAACAACAGCAGCAGCAACAGCAACGACAACAGCAGCAACAACUACAAGCUCCACGUUUUAUAACACAUCCCUCAUCAGCAGGCCCUAUUGUUAACGAAGGACGCACGAAAAUUUUAGAAUGUUGUGCACUGGGUUACCCACAGCCCACAUAUCGCUGGCUCAAGGAUGGCGAACCCGUUAGCGAUAACUCAUCCAGUCCAUAUUAUCGCAUCCACAACACAAGACGCGAGGAUGCCGGCAGCUAUCAGUGCAUUGCCAAGAACGAUGCUGGCUCCAUAUUCAGUGAAAAAAUUGAUAUUGUUGUUGCCUACAUGGGCACAUUUCAGAACACAACCGAAGGACACAUGACCGUCGUAAGUGGUCAUCCAGCCAUAUUUGAUGUGCCAGCGAUUGAAUCUGUACCCAAACCAUCUGUGUCUUGGCAAACGGAAGAUGGGGAGCUAAACUAUGACAUCAAGUAUGCCUUUACGUCGGCCGAUCAACUGAUCAUAUUGAGCGUCGAUGAACUCGAUCGGAAGGCAUAUCGAGCACGUGCCAUUAACACGCAACUGGGCAAGGAUGAGCUCAGCGCGUAUGUGCAUUUGAAUGUGAGUGGCGAUCCGUACGUGGAGGUGGCGCCUGAAAUUAUUGUGCGACCACAAAAUCUGAAGCUGAGACGCGGCGAAGCAGUCGCCGAGUUGCAGUGCAUUGCCAAUGCCCGACCCUUGCACGAGCUAGAAACGCUCUGGCUCAAGGAUGGACUAGCCAUUAAAGAUGCCGGCGUAUCCCACAUGCUCAACGAUCCGUGGAAUCGCACCCUCACCCUUCUGCAGGUCAACAGUUCCCAUGCCGGCGAAUACGAGUGCCAGGUGCGAUUGCGCAGUGGGGGCUACAAGACCGUGAACGCCAAGGCGCAAGUGGAAAUUGUAGAGCCGCCCAUCUUCUUUACGCCCAUGCGGGGCGAGACUUACGGCGAGUUCGGGGCGCAGGUAACGCUGCCUUGCGAUGUAAUCGGGGAACCCACACCCCGAGUGCAAUGGUAUCGCAAUGCCGAGCGGGUGGAUGCGCAAGUUCAGAGUGGCAGCUAUGCCCUGAAUGCGGAUAAUACAUUGGUGAUUAAAAAACUGACGCUCGACGAUGCGGCCAUGUUUCAAUGCCUGGCUACUAAUGAGGUGGGAGAGCGAUCGGCGUAUACCUGGCUGCGUGUAAAAACGUCGGCACCUGUCUUGGAGCAACCGCCACAGAAUGUAACGGCACUGGAUGGAAAGGACGCGACCAUUUCAUGUCGUGCCGUGGGCGCCCCCAAUCCAAACAUAACCUGGAUUUACAACGAAACGCAACUUGUUGAGAUAUCGAGCCGUGUGCAGAUACUCGAAUCCGGUGAUUUACUCAUUUCGAAUAUACGAGCCACGGAUGCGGGCCUCUACAUUUGUGUGCGUGCCAACGAGGCUGGCAGUGUUAAGGGCGAGGCCUAUUUGGGCGUUCUAGUGCGCACACAAAUCAUUCAACCACCAGUGGAUACCACCGUGCUGCUUGGGGUAACCGCAUCGCUGCAGUGCAAAGUGUCCAGUGACCCGAGCGUGUCGUACAACAUCGACUGGUAUCGAGAGGGCCAGUCGGCGCCGAUUAGCAACUCCCAGCGCAUUGGUGUGCAGGCGGAUGGCCAGUUGGAGAUACAGGCGGUGAGGGCAAGCGAUGUGGGCACCUAUACGUGCGUGGUCACCUCUUCGGGGGGCAACGAGACGCGCUCCGCACGUCUCAGUGUCAUCGAGUUGCCCUUUGCCCCCACAAAUGUCAAGGUGGAGCGUCUCGCCGAACCGCAUCAACGCACCAUAAACGUGUCCUGGACACCUGGUUUCGAUGGCAACAGUCCGAUUGCAAAGUUCAUUAUCCAGCGGCGUGAGGUUUCCGAAUUGGAAAAAUUCGUAGGUCCAGUUCCAGAUCCCCUGCUCAACUGGAUCACGGAGCUGAGCAAUGUCUCUGCCGAUCAGCGUUGGAUUUUGCUGGAGAACCUCAAGGCGGCUACUGUCUAUCAGUUUCGUGUCAGCGCUGUAAAUGGCGUUGGCGAGGGCACACCAUCGGAUCCCAGCAAUGUGGUUGAGUUGCCACAAGAAGAGUUUCCGCUUCAUCGAGCACCAUCGGGUCCACCUGUUGGCUUCGUUGGUUCCGCUCGCUCCAUGUCCGAGAUCAUAACCCAGUGGCAACCGCCGCUGGAGGAGCACCGAAACGGACAAAUACUGGGCUAUAUAUUGCGUUAUCGCCUCUUUGGCUACAAUAAUGUACCUUGGUCGUACCAGAAUAUUACCAACGAGGCCCAACGCAAUUUCCUCAUUCAAGAGCUGAUCACUUGGAAGGACUAUAUUGUGCAAAUUGCGGCCUACAACAACAUGGGUGUCGGUGUAUACACAGACGGCUCCAAAAUCAAGACCAAAGAAGGUGUACCCGAGGCACCGCCCACACAACUCAAGGUGCAGGCCCUGAACUCGACGGCGGCGCGUAUUAGUUGGACGCCUCCUAAUCCACAACAGAUCAAUGGUAUCAAUCAGGGCUAUAAGAUACAGGCGUGGCAGCAGCGCUACAUCGAAGGGGAACCACGCGACGUUGAGAAGCGCAUGAUAACGGUACCGCCCAGUCUCAUCGAUCCUCUGGCCGAGCAAACAGCCAUCCUCAAUGGACUAGACAAAUUUGCUGAAUACAACAUCACAGUAUUGUGCUUUACCGAUCCCGGCGACGGUGUGGCCAGCAGCAAAGUCUAUGUGAAAACCAAAGAGGAUGUCCCCGAUGAAAUAACCGCACUGCACUUCGAUGAGGUGUCCGAUCGGUCUGUCAAGGUGCUCUGGGCACCGCCAAAGAACCUUAAUGGCAUACUCACCGGUUACAUGGUGCGCUAUCAAGUCAAAGAUCGUCCGGAGACAAUGAAGUCGAUCAAUUUGACGGCCGAAGACACACAGCUGACGGUCACACAACUGCAGGCGACAACGCACUAUUGGUUUGAAAUACGUGCAAAGUCGCGCAUUGGUUACGGGCCCCCGAAGACGGCAACCAUACAAUCAGGCGUCGAACCAGUACUUCCACAUGCACCCACCAACCUGGCACUCUCAAACAUUGAGGCAUUUUCCGUGGUGCUGCAAUUUACGCCCGGCUUCGAUGGCAACUCGUCCAUAACCAAGUGGAAGGUCGAGGCUCAGACCGCUCGGAACAUGACCUGGUUCACCAUAUGCGAGAUUAGUGAUCCCGAUGCAGAGACUCUCACCGUGACAGGUCUUAUGCCAUUCACACAGUAUCGCUUGCGAUUGAGUGCCACCAAUGUUGUAGGAUCCUCGAAGCCUUCGGAAGCCACCAAAGAUUUCCAGACCAUUCAGGCCCGUCCCAUGCACGCCCCCUUCAAUGUGACCGUGCGCGCCAUGAGUGCCCAGCAGUUGCGCGUGCGCUGGAUUCCAUUGCAGCAAACCGAGUGGUUCGGCAACCCGCGAGGCUACAACAUCACUUAUCGCCAGAUGGAGCGCACGACCCUCAAGACUGCAGCACGCAGUGUGCUCAUCGAGGAUCACACAGCCAACUCGCAUGUGUUGGAGGGCCUGGAGGAGUGGACUGUCUACGAAGUGCUCAUGAAUGCCUGCAACGAUGUCGGCUGCUCACGUGAUAGUGUCACGGCAGUGGAGCGCACGCGUGAAGCCACACCAUCCUACGGACCACUCGAUGUCCAGGCGAAUGCCACCUCAUCGACGACCGUUGUGGUUCGUUGGGGAGAAGUGCCGCGCCAGCAUCGCAAUGGACAGAUCGACGGCUUCAAAGUGUUCUAUGUGGCCACCGAUCGUGGCGGCCAGGUCCUGCAUAAGACCAUACCAAAUAACAGCUCCUUUACAACCACUUUGACGGAGCUGAAGAAAUUUGUUGUCUACCACGUUCAAGUGCUGGCCUACACACGUCUUGGGGAUGGUGCUCUCAGCACACCGCCCAUUAGGGUCCAAACCUUUGAGGAUACACCAGGCGCACCAUCCAAUGUUAGUUUUCCUGAUGUCACGUUCUCGAUGGCACGCAUCAUCUGGGAUGUGCCAGAAGAUCCGAAUGGGGAAAUAAUGGCCUAUCAGGUUACCUACACUCUGAACGGAAGCUCCAAUUUAAAUUAUAGUCGUGAGUUCCCACCCUCGGAUCGAACAUUUCGAGCCACUCAGCUGUUGGCUGAGCGCUACUACAGCUUUAGCGUGACAGCACAAACGCGCCUGGGUUGGGGCAAGACAGCCACCGUUUUGGUCUACACAACGAACAAUCGCGAGCGGCCUCAAUCGCCCUCCAUGCCACAGGUGUCACGCAGUCAGAUACAAGCCCAUCAGAUAACAUUCAGCUGGACGCCGGGACGCGAUGGUUAUGCGCCAUUGCGCUACUACACUGUGCAAAUGCGUGAAAACGAAGGACCUUGGUUGCCGCUACCGGAGCGUGUGGAUCCCGCAUUGACCUCGUACACGGCACAGGGUCUGCGUCCCCAUACCACCUAUCAGUUUCGCAUACAGGCCACCAACGACCUGGGACCCUCGGCGUUCAGUCGUGAGAGCAUUGUAGUGCGCACGCUUCCCGCAGCACCCGCUGUGGGUGUUACUGGUCUGAAAGUGGUGCCCAUUACUACCACAUCGGUGCGUGUGCACUGGAACGCCCUAGAGACGGGCAUGUGGAAUGGAGAUGCAGCCACAGGCGGCUACCGAAUACUCUAUCAACAACUAUCAGACUUCCCCACGGCGCUGCAAUCUACGCCCAAAACAGAUGUGAUGGGCAUAAAUGUGAACAGUGUGGUGCUUUCGGACUUGCAGCAGGAUCGUAAUUAUGAGAUUGUUGUGCUCCCCUUCAACUCCCAGGGACCGGGUCCGGCGACGCCACCAGCAGCUGUUUAUGUGGGUGAGGCAGUACCAACCGGUGAGCCGCGUGCGGUGGAUGCAGCGCCCAUAUCCAGCACCGAAGUGCGCCUGCGUUGGAAACCUCCAAAGCAGAGCAUGCAAAACGGCGAUAUAUUGGGCUAUAAGAUCUUCUAUCUCGUAACCGAAUCACCGCAGGUGUUGGAGGAGGGACGCAAAUGGGAGGAAGAAAUUGAGGUUGUCUCUGCGACAGCCACAUCGCAUAGCUUAGUUUUCUUGGACAAAUUCACCGAAUAUCGCAUACAGCUAUUGGCCUUCAAUCCGGCCGGCGAUGGACCGCGUUCGUCUCCCAUAACGGUCAAGACUCUCCAGGGUGUGCCAAGUGCGCCGCUUAAUUUGCGCUUCAGUGACAUCACCAUGCAAAGCCUAGAGGUCACUUGGGAUCCGCCCAAGUUCCUCAAUGGUGAAAUACUUGGCUACUUGGUCACUUACGAGACGACAGAGGAGAAUGAGAAGUUCAGCAAGCAGGUGAAGCAAAAGGUCUCCAACACAACACUGCGCGUUCAAAAUCUGGAGGAGGAAGUAACCUACACAUUCACCGUGCGGGCCCAGACCAUCGACUAUGGCCCGGCGGUGAGCGAAAAUGUUACCACUGGACCGCAGUUUGGCUCACCGGUGGCUCCUCGCGAUCUGAUACUCACCAAGACACUGUCAAGCGUGGAAAUGCAUUGGAUCAAUGGACCGUCAGGUCAUGGCCCUAUUUUGGGUUAUCUUAUUGAGGCCAAGAAGCGCGAAAAAGGAGAACCCUCAUUUAUUUACGAUUCCCGCUGGACCAAAAUCGAAAAAACUAAGAAAGGCACCAUGCAGGACUUCACAGUUAGCUACCACAUACUGAUGCCCUCCACCGCCUACACAUUCCGUGUGAUUGCGUACAACCGAUUCGGCAUUUCUUAUCCGGUGUACUCCAAGGACUCCAUACUGACACCAUCCAAGCUCCACUUGGAGUACGGUUAUCUGCAGCACAAGCCCUUCUACAGGCAAACCUGGUUCAUGGUGGCACUCGCUGCCACUUCCAUUGUCAUCAUAGUUAUGGUCAUCGCCGUCCUCUGUGUGAAGAGCAAGAGCUACAAGUACAAACAGGAGGCACAAAAGACGCUGGAGGAGUCCAUGGCCAUGUCCAUUGAUGAGCGUCAGGAGUUAGCUCUGGAGCUGUAUCGGUCGCGGCACGGCGUCGGCACAGGAACCCUCAACAGUGUGGGAACACUAAGGAGCGGCACGCUCGGCACCCUGGGACGCAAGUCAACUAAUCGGCCGCCCACCAAUAUGCAGCUGGGAAAGAGCCCGCCACGCCCAUCGCCCGCAUCAGUGGCCUAUCACAGCGAUGAGGAGAGUCUCAAGUGCUACGAUGAGAAUCCCGAUGACAGCAGCGUGACCGAGAAGCCAUCCGAGGUGAGCAGCUCGGAGGCCUCACAGCACUCGGAGAGCGAGAACGAGAGCGUGCGCUCCGAUCCGCAUUCAUUUGUCAAUCACUACGCUAAUGUGAAUGACUCGCUGCGACAGUCGUGGAAGAAGACCAAACCGGUCCGUAACUACUCCAGCUAUACUGACUCCGAGCCGGAGGGCAGUGCAGUGAUGAGCCUCAAUGGUGGUCAGAUUAUUGUCAAUAAUAUGGCCAGAUCGAGAGCACCACUGCCCGGCUUCUCGUCAUUUGUCUGACAAUCAACCGAGUUCUAAGAUCUAAGCAACAGUAGCAGCAGUACCGUCAUCAGAGAGACAUUCGUCUGAGAGGCGCCACAGGCAAUCCAGCAGAAAGAGCCAGCGAGAGAGCGAGGACAGUAGCAGAAGGACAUAGAAGAGAGAAAUUAGAAUGGAAAGAGAUUGUUAACGGGGGGCGGUCAGGGUAACAUAUCAGGCGAAAAGUGAUGAUGCUCUGCAGCUGCUGUUUGUGGCGCGUCUGGAUGGAAUGUGUUUGUGUUGCUGGUGCGCUGCUAUAUGGAUAUAUAUACAUAUAUAGUUGUAGUAGUUAUCCCCUAAACAUAAUUUUUUUUUUAUUAGGAUCAAAAACGAGAGAUCUGAGAUUUACAAGCAUUUCUUGUAUCCAUUUAGUUGUACAAAUUCGCAAACGAUAUACUUUUUUUUUAACAUUUGUUCAAUUAAUAACUUAUUACAUGAGUGCUAAGUGAGUGUACGUGGGAGUAUAAGUGUGAGUGUAAGUGUGAGUGUGACUGUGUGUGUGUGUAUGUCUGUCUGUCUAUCUGUGCGUCGUCUGUUUUCACCAAUUCUGGAACGUGCUCUUUUCAUUUUCAACCUGCUGGCCACAUUACAAAGCAAAAACUUGUGAUAACAAUAAUGUUUGCUUACAAUUUAAGCAACUCUUUUCUCUCUCUCUCUCUCUCUCUCUGUUUUUUGGCCCCCCACUCACUACCAACUUCAUGUUUGAUUCCAUUGAGCAGGCGUCGCCAACCUUUCGAAGAGUGUUAGUUUGUUUUGUGUGAGUGCGUGUGUGUGCGUGCGAGUGUGAGUGUGUGUGAGUAUGGUGUGUGCCUGUAGAUGUGUUUGUUUGCAUUAUAGCUUGCGCAAUCUCAUUAUAUUUAAUUUCUCUUAUAACGAUGACGACAACAAACUCGCAUACGCGUAACUGUUACAAGUGUAAGAAUUUUAAAAUUUAAUUUCAAAUAAUUGUGUGAGUGUGUUUGAUUUUCCAAAAGAAAACUUGUGCUUUAUUCUACUGGCACUCUCUAGAUAAGGUCCUGAAAGGGAUAUUAAAGAGGAUGGGAAGCGAAGUGAAGAAACGUUAUCAGCUGAUGCAAUCAGCUGACGACAGCUGAUGGGGAGAAGAAACAGCAAAACAAAACAAAGGAAAAGAAAUGAAAAAACAAAAAGCAUAUCUAAAACAUAAGCCUCUUCUUAAGCUGUAACUAUUUACUAUUUACUGUGUAUGUGCAUUGAAACUUACUUUUUGGAAUGCUUUUAUUGUAUUCAAUAAUACUACGUGUGUGUUCUAACAUAUAUAUGUGUAUACAUACUAUAUAUGUAUGAUUAAUAAUAAAUAUAUAGGCCAUAUUAAUGCAAUUUCUAGCACAUAAGCAGCAAAACAAAAAUUAAACGAAAUGAAAUGCAUUCAAUUUUUUUCUCAUACACAAAUUAAGCGGCAAACAAAUGCAUGCAGAUCUUAGCAGCACUAAGCCAGAUGGUAUUUAUAUACCGUAUAGUCUAAGCGAUAUACAUAAAUAUAGAAGAAUCCAUGGAUGGAUGAAUGCGAUCAGCGAUCUGCGAUCCGCGAUUAGCGAUGCAAAGAGCAAAGCAACAAGAUUAUGAAGAUAAGAAGAUGAUGAUGAUGAAGAAGAAGAAGAAGAAGCAGUAUGCGCAAACUAAACAUACUUUAAAAUGUAAUUCUUAAUUGUUAAACGAAUUGAAUUGAUAUGUAAUUGUCUGAGCUACAAUUUGUACAUGUAUUUAUAUCUAUUAACUUCAAUGACUGAUUAUAUAUUUUUUCUUGAU